AUGGCUCCACACUGGCUGGUAACUGUGAGCUGCCUCCUUGCUGCCUCUCUCCGCUUUCCUGCAGCUGUUGGAACUCAACGAAGAGAAGCCUGUGACUGCAGUGGGAAAUCCAGACAGUGCAUGUUUGACGUUGAGUUGCUCCAGCAAACAGGAAACGGAUACCGGUGCCUCAACUGCAUGGACAACACAGAGGGAAUUAACUGUGAACGGUGCAAGGAGGGCUUCUACCACCGGCACCGUGGAGAUCACUGUAGGCCGUGCGCCUGCAAUCCCGUAGGUUCUGGUAGUGCACAGUGCGAUAACCAUGGACGGUGCCAGUGCAAACCUGGUGUGACAGGUGACAAAUGUGACCGAUGCCAGCACGGGUUCCACUCCUUCUCAGCGAAUGGCUGCACGGCCAACGGGCAAAUGUCGAUAUCCCAGUGUGACUGUGAUCCAGCUGGCAGCACAGGUCAAUGUAUUUCAGGUCGCUGUGUCUGCAAGGAAGCCACUGCAGGAGACCGCUGUGACCGAUGCAAGCAGGGCUAUUAUAACCUGGAUGCGGGAAAUCCAGAGGGCUGUUCCCAGUGCUUCUGUUAUGGACACUCGGCUACCUGUUCCAGCGCAGAAAAUUACAGCAUCCAUAAAAUCACCUCUUCCUUUCAGCAAGGUGAUGAGGGCUGGAAAGCUGAAGCCAAUGGAUCUCCUUUGCGGCUCCAGUGGUCUCCACUCCAUAAAGAAGUUUAUGUGGCAGCAAGAAGACCAGAGCCCAUCUACUUUAGUGCUCCAGCCAGGUUCCUUGGGAACCAGCAACUGAGCUAUGGACAAACGCUGUCUUUUGGUUAUCGUGUGAAUCGACCUGGACGUCGUCCAUCGCAGUAUGAUGUUGUCCUGGAAGGAGCUGGCUUAAGAAUUGCUGCCCCCCUCAUGCCUCAUGGAAGGAUGCUGCCUUGUGCCAGCAAGACCUACACAUUUAGGUUGGAUGAGAAACCAAACAACAACUGGAGCCCUAGGCUGACUGGCAUAGAGUUCCGCCGGUUAAUUGGAAACCUGACAGCUCUUUGGAUCAGAGCCACUUAUGGAGACGGCACAGGAUACCUCUCUAAUGUUAUCUUGGUUUCGGCACGGCCAACCUCUGGCACUCGGGCACCCUGGGUGGAGCAAUGCACAUGCCCAGCAGGAUAUGAGGGGCAGUUCUGUGAGAGAUGUGCUCCUGGUUAUAAGAGAGAGGAUUCUGUCAGACUUGGGGCUUUCAGCAAGUGUGUUCCAUGCAACUGCCAGGGAGCAGGAAUCUGUGAUCCAGAUACUGACAUCGUCCCCAAAUCUCAAAGAAUUUCCCAAGCCAGAGUUGGAUACCCUACCAAGUUAACGAAGGAAA